AUGGUUCGUGAGGCUGCUUUAAGGAUGCAAAAUGAUCAAGAGGGACCCCUGCUAUCCGUUGCGGAGGUGGCCUCGAUUCUGCUGGACCCAGCUGUUUAUUAUCCACUUCAAUUCGCUGUUCUUCGUAGAAAACAAAUGGUGCGGUUGACGAAAUCGGCUAUCAAAAAUCGAUCUUCACGUUACGACAAUCCGGCUCUUUAG